AAAAGACUACGAGCUCGCGGGGAAGACGGGGACUUCCGGAGAGAGAGAGAGAGAGAGAGAGAGAGAGAGAGCAGGAAGCAGGGGCUAGACGCGGAUCGGCGAGCAUGAGGGGCGGCGGCGGCGGCGGGAUGAUGGACGAUGAAGAGAGGGUGGGCCAUGCGGAGAUCCCGACCAGUUUCGGUCCCGAGCUGCGCGCCUGCCUCCGAUGCCGCCUCGUCAAGACCUACGACCAGUUCAGGGAGAACGGCUGCGAAAACUGCCCGUUUCUAGAGAUGGACAGAGAGCACGACAACGUCGUCAACUGCACCACCCCCAACUUCACUGGAAUUAUCUCUCUGAUGGACCCCAGUAGGAGCUGGGCAGCCCGUUGGUUGAGAAUUGGCAGGUUCAUUCCUGGGUGCUAUACACUUGCUGUCUCGGAGGAGCUUCCAGAAGAGUAUCAAGGGAUUUGUCAAGACAACAACGUGCAGUAUGUGCCGCCCAAGCGUGUCUAAGUAUCAAGACGGCAAUGAUGGUGUCUUGGUCCUGAAGCAGUAUAGAUAAUUAGGUAGAAGUAUCUGUGCUUGCCAAGGGAACUGCUCCUCUUAUGCUUUGUAUCCGAGUGCUAAGGCAGUCUAUUUCAUGUUAGUGAUAAGGCUGUCUAUUUAGGUGGUGAACCGGCGGGUGAUUGAAUCUUAUCCAAUAACCUUGAUGCCUGUUCUUGAAAUCUGUGACAAUGCGGCUCAUGUGCGUCUGUCAUGUUCUUUCACAUCUAUGUAUAUAUGAAGAAAAAUGUAAUAGC